AACAUAAUGUAUUCCCGCGAUCAGUUUAUGAAUCCGGGUCCCGCCCCGCGGCCUCCCACCGACCGCCCCCGUCUUGCCCUCACCCCCAACACUAGCAACACCCUACCGGGCAACAUGGCUGGCAUGAGUCUGCAGUCACCUGCAUACAAUAACAGCAACAGCGGCGCUGGCUCCUAUAACAACGGCUACAGCAACACCAACAGCUAUGCCAACAGUUACAACGGCUCCACCACCUCGCUCGUCCGCACCCAGUCCGAGAAGAGUCUGUCCACCUCAGGGACGGUCAAGGAGGGCAACGUCAAAGUCAAGGAUGAAGGUCUGUUCAAGUCUUUUGUUUGGGCUGAUCGGUGGCUGGUCCUGAAGGAGUUUGAGCUGGCCUUCUUCAAAAGCCCGAGUUCCACCAAGGUAUCCAACUCCAUCCUCCUUCGCGACGUCCUAGGCGUGGAACGCUCUGAUACCCAGCCACUCUCGUUCGAAAUCACUCGCUCUCUCAACCCGAACAAAGGCUCGUCGCCACCCCGGGAUGGCCCAACCAAGAUCAUCACAUGCAAGGUCGAGACCGACGAAGAAGUCUACUCUUGGAUAGAUAGCAUAUACCAGCGCUGCCCUAGUAUGGGCGGAGUGAGCAACCCCACCAACUUCACCCAUCGAGUGCACGUUGGUUUUGAUCCCAACAGCGGCGCCUUCGUCGGACUGCCUGUGGAGUGGGAAAAGCUACUCACCGCCUCCGCACUCACCAAGGAUGAUUACGCCAAGAACCCCAAAGCCGUACUCGAAGUGCUGGAAUUCUACACCGAGAAGCUCGUUAAGCGCGCCGAAGACCCUCAGCAAUACCCAAGCUUGACACCUACUCCCCCUGUCAGCUCUGGGAUGGAGAAGCAACUCGGUUAUGGCGGCAGUUCCAUCGCACCCCCGCGGCCUGCACCCCCCAGUGGCUACCAGCGACAGGAUAGUAACUACGGCGUCUCACGCCAGAACACUCCACCGGCAUCAGGUGGCUAUGGAGCCCCGCAGCAAGACCAACGCUACGAGGAGAGGAGAAGAAACGAGGAAGUCCGUGCACAGCAGCAACGUGAUCUUCAACGGCAGCGAGAGAGAGAGGAGUAUGAGAGGCGUGAGCGUGAAGAGUUGGCGGCAUACAAUGCAUCGAUACCACAAAAGAAAACCCCCAUGGCACAGCAAGAGAUUGGAGGUGGUGGUCCUGGUUACGAUUCGAGAGAUUCCAGCCCAUCCGGGCAACAGCGCUACAACCCCAGCCGCCCGGCUCCCUCUACUCCAGGAGCUUCACGGAACCAACAGCAGCAAGCGCCAUCGUCUCUGCGUCAAAUGGCUGCCCAGCGUCCGGCCCCUCCAGCACCCAAAACCCAGAAUGGCAGUGGUUACGGUGCUCCCGCUCAGGCCAGGCAGCAGCAGCAGCAGCAACAGCGUCCGGCUGUGCAGCAGAAUUCUUCUUACCAAGGUCAAUCUAGCAGUUCGCAAAUGCGGCCAGCCAAUGGACAGCAGCAGCAACAACAGAAGCAAUACCAAGCCGCUGCUGCCCCUAAGCCUCUGAACGUUGCCGCAAAGCAACCCGCCGUGAGCGAUGCUGUAAAGAAGGCCGAGCAGGCUCUUACGGCGCCAAAGAAAGAGGAGGCUCCGCGCAAGGAUGUGCGUAUGUCGAGCAUGUCCGAGGCCGAAGUCAUGACCAAGCUUCGCGAAGUCGUUUCGAAAGACAAACCAUUGGAUUCGUACAACAAGCAAAAGAAGAUUGGACAAGGUGCAUCAGGUUCCGUGUAUGUUGCUCGCAUUCGUGAGACUGCGACGUCCCCGACAGCCCGUAGGCUGUUACAGGAGAAUGGUCCACGCGCUCAGGUUGCCAUCAAGCAGAUGGAUCUCCGUGCUCAGCCUCGCAAGGAGCUCAUUGUGAACGAGAUCAUCGUUAUGAAAGACAGCAAACACCCCAAUAUUGUCAACUUCUUGGAUGCUUUCUUGACGGAAGAUCAGUUGGAGCUUUGGGUAGUCAUGGAAUUCAUGGAAGGGGGAGCUUUAACCGACGUGAUUGACAACAAUCCCUCCAUUAGCGAGGACCAGAUUGCGACCAUAUGCUUAGAAACCUGCCAAGGUCUCGAGCAUCUGCACCGACAAAACAUCAUCCACCGUGAUAUCAAGAGUGACAACGUCCUUCUUGACGGUCGUGGCAACGUGAAAAUCACCGAUUUUGGUUUCAGUGCCAAAUUGACCGAGACCCGUAAUAAGCGCGCAACUAUGGUGGGAACGCCCUACUGGAUGGCCCCUGAGGUUGUCAAACAGAAGGAGUAUGGCAACAAGGUGGACAUUUGGUCAUUGGGUAUCAUGGCUAUCGAAAUGAUCGAGUCGGAGCCACCGUACCUCAACGAAGAACCACUCAAAGCUCUCUAUCUUAUCGCCACCAACGGUACGCCCCGCCUCAAGAAGCCGGACAAGCUUUCCAAGGAGCUCAAGGCCUUCCUCUCGGUUUGCCUGUGCGUUGACGUCAAGUCCCGAGCGAGCGCGGGUGAACUUUUGAUUCACGAGUUCCUGAAGAGUGGAUGCAGCCUCAACUCCUUGGCACAACUGCUCAAUUUCCGCAAGAACGGCAGCCACUAG